CGCCGAGAGUCAUCAUUCCACCACCAAUAUCGUUUCACUUCCGAUUCGAGUGUAAAUUCCAUAUCUAUUUCUUCAACUACCGCUACCGUUACCACCAGUUACAGUUGCUGCCUUCUUUGCUCCGAAGUCGUUUCCUUCCUCGACGCAGAUCACGAUGGCCGCUUCUGCUGUGAUGCAAUCCAUUCUGUCAACCACCGCUACUCGAGGUGUUUAUAGGACAACGACGAAUCGCCUACUCCCGGCGGCGCUUCGACCGUGCUCCCGGAGUACGGCCGCCUUUCGAGUGCGAUGCAUGGCGGAGGAGGAUCAGAGAGAGCAAGCGAUUCCAUCAUCGAUCCCACCGUCACCUCCCAAACCAGAGCCAUCUCCCUCGCCACCGUCUAAGGUGACGAGUACGAAACUAACAGAUAUUUUGGCGUUCAGCGGGCCAGGGCCAGAGAGGAUCAACGGGCGGCUAGCGAUGAUCGGGUUCGUGGCUGCUCUGGCAGUUGAAGUAUCGAAAGGGCAGGACGUGUUCGAGCAAAUAGCCAACGGAGGGAUUCCAUGGUUUGUGGGAACGAGCGUGGUUCUGACAUUGGCAUCAUUGAUUCCAUUGUUUAAAGGAGUGAGCGCUGAGUCGAACUCGAAGGGGAUAAUGAGUUCUAACGCCGAGCUGUGGAAUGGGAGGUUCGCCAUGUUGGGCCUUGUUGCCUUGGCCUUCACUGAAUAUGUUAAAGGUGGAAGCCUUGUAUAAGUUUUACACAUUUUAUGCAAUGUCUAAUAUAGUAUUCUAUUAAUCAAAUGAAUUUAGGAAUGUAAAGGAAAGAAGCUAUUCAAGUGUAGUAAGAACCUUUAUCAUGAGCCAAUAUUAUUCCUUUAUGUUUAUUUUUUUAUUACUAUUCAAUCAUAUUAUGGAAUCUCCAUCGAUUUGUUAA